AUGCUCUUGGUUCGUUCCAUAGUCAGAGCUGAGCGAUCGUGCUGUUCCCGCAGUCUUUGUUGCUUUCAAUAUCAACACCCUUCGAGCUCAAACUCGAGAUUUCUGCAUAUUACUCGACAGACGAAUGAGAACAACCAAAUCCAGAAAAAUGCUGAUCAGAAAUGGAAGUUCUUCCGAAUGACAAUGUCAGAAGAACAGAAAGCUGCGAAAACAGCAAAAAUUGAGCAGAUGAAAGCAGAAGAAGCGCCAAAAAGUAUUUUUGCAAAAGUCAAAUACUACUUUAAGAGAUACUGGUACAUUGCUGUACCAGCUCAUGCUGCGUCUUGUACUGCUUGGUUUAUUGCAUUGUAUUUGGUGGUAAAAAGUGGUGUGGACGUGAUUGCACUUUUGGAAUGGAUGCAUAUGCCAGAUGCAAUUGUUGAAAAAGUGAAGAAUACUCCUGAAACGGCUGGUGUUGUAGUGGUUUCACUCAUAUUAUACAAGAUUGCUAUGCCAUUUCGUUAUAUGACUACCCUUCUAUUAAUCCAAGCAACAUUCUGGACACUUCGACGAAUGGGAAAGCUGAAGACUGCUCGUGAAGUAGAAUACAAAGUCCGAACAGAAUACGAGUUGAACAAGGCAAUGUUUGGUAGAAAGUGGUAUCGUUAUCGUCAUUUGGGAGUCCGUAGUGUUAGUCGUAAAAACAGUGUACAUGCUACAACAGCUCAUUUGGGACAAGUGCAACGACUUCAAAAGGAACAUGAAAAGCUGAACGAACAGAAUGUUUCCUCAACGGAGCAGCAUAAGAAAAAAUGA